CCUCGGAGCUAACGAUGUGUCAUCUGUAACUCAGCCCUGAGCUGCAGACUGCUAUUCAAAGCCAGCAGGCGCACUCUGAAUAUUUCCUGCUGAACACAAACUGGACUGAGUCAAAACCCAUGUUUUGUUGAUUAACCACUCCGGGGGAUUUGUCAUACCAUGGAUUAUAGAUUUUCACGCUUUAGACAAUUUGGACCCAAUACUGAAGCUUUCUAAGACAUCAUUUAAGACUUUCUUUCAGCAAAAUGAUGGAGCAACCCAUUAAAGAGAUCUUCAUGGGUCCUCCAAAGGCUUCAGAUCCUAUGAUGAUGGAGAAACACAACAAUGACUGUGUAAUUGUAACGGUUCCGAGAGUCAAUGAAACCCAGCUAACUGCAGCGACAGGUGGAGCUGAGCUGUCUUGCUAUCGUUGCACAAUACCUUUUGGAGUGGUUAUUCUUAUAGUGGGAAUUGUGGUCACAGCAGUGGCUUAUAGCUUCAACUCUCACGGAUCAAUAAUCUCUGUUUUUGGGCUGGUCCUACUGUCUUCUGGACUUCUCCUGGUCUGCUCGAGUGCUCUGUGCUGGAAAAUUCGGCAACGUAAUAAAAGGGCGAAAAGAAGAGAGAGCCAGACAGCGUUGGUGGCAAAUCAAAGGAGUUUAUUUGCUUGAGACUUGGAGAACAUCAAGGGCAGUGGUGAGACUGCAUCUGCUUCGAAAUAAUUUGGACCAGCUGGAGGGGGUCUUGGAAACCUCCAUCUUCUUGGGAUUUUGCUUGUAUGAGAGAGAAGUGUUCAAGAGCAAAAAACUGAGAAUGCUUAUUAAAAGGAGAGUAUUAUCAUAAUAUUUGGCAUGAGUGAGGUUCAACAGAC